GAAUUGGAAGUGGAAAGGCUUCUCUUGAACAAUGUAUCCAGCUGGCAUCGAGGAAAGUGGUUGCCCAACAGUGGAGAAAAUGCCAGCAUCUCAUUGUUGAUGAAAUUUCUAUGGUUGAUGGAGUCUUCUUUAAAAAACUAGAGGCAGUGGGACGAGCAAUUCGGGGAAAUGACAAACCAUUUGGUGGUAUACAGCUUAUAUUUUGUGGAGACUUCUUACAACUGCCUCCAGUUACAAAGCCUGGAGAGAAAAGAGUGUUCUGUUUUCAGACGUCUGCAUGGAAUCGUUGCAUAAGUGUAAAUGUGGAACUGACUGAGGUUCGACGACAAGACGAUAAUGAAUUUAUUAAUAUCCUACAAUCAGUUCGUCUUGGAAGGUGCACUGAUGAUAUGGUGCAGUGUUUAAAAGCAACUGAAGCUAAUAUUAUAGAGCGGGAUGGUAUUAAGGCAACCAGACUGUGUACUCAUCGUGAAGAUGUUGACCAUAUCAAUGAAGAACAUCUUAAUAAAUUGAUGGGUAAUGCUCAAGUGUUCCAGUCUAUAGAUAGUGACCCAAGUCUCUCUUCGCUCUUGGACUCUCAAACUCCUGUGGUUGCCAAGUUAAUACUCAAAGUUGGUACUCAAGUGAUGCUCAUGAAGAAUUUGGAUGUAGGCAGAGGGCUUGUUAAUGGUGCUCGAGGAGUGGUCACUGGCUUCAAAUUUGGAGCAGAAGGGUAUCCGAUCGUGGGGUUUUCCUGUUGGAGGGAAAAACAAAAAUUUUUGUCAGGGAAAAUUUGGGACAGUGAGAGCAAACAGGGGUGUCAUUUAACUAGAAGGCGUUUCCCAAACUGA